AUGACCAAGGCUAACAACAAGGCCGCCGUAGCGGUUGACGAUGCCACAUCCUCCAUUACAGCAGUGACCGACGAUGACGCCAUGACCCUUGUCGACCUGUUUGGAGAUCUUGACGUUGAGGAACUCACCGAGCCUGACAACCGAACCACAUCUGGGGAGUCAACCAGCAUUGUGAGUUCGGAGGUCAGUACAGACGUUGCUGAUAGGGAGGUCGACCUCAAGACGAAGCCAAGCGAGAAGGGCAAGGCCGCAGAUACCGAAAGUAAGGUGGCUACAGAAGCAGAAACAUCUUCUGUAGUCACAUCAGAAGCUGCCAGUUCAGAGGUGGCUGAGUCGUUAGCUUCUGGCGAGACAGCCUCAGAAGACAAGAGCACAACCGACGAUGCAUCUUCAAAGAGCGGAUAUGCCUCUGCUGGCGCUCAAUCAUCAAGCGCAGGCGAGUGGACGGACUCAGAGGAUGCCCUCAUAAUCAGUAUGAAAGAGGGUGGAGAGAGCUGGGCCUCCAUCGGCAACGCAAUCAACAGAGGCAAGAACGAAGUCAAAAAGCGCUGGCACGUGUUGAAGAUCAACGUUGCCAAUUCGACCGAAUCCGGAGGAGAGUCCAUCCAAACUGGAUCUCAGGCCGAUACUGAGGCUGAUGACAAAACCGCUGUGAGCCAAGACGAGGCAAAGAAGGCAGAUGACGACAAGUACAAAUCCAAGGCAGAGAGAAAGGCCGAGCGCAAAGCCGAGAAGCAGAAGCAGAAGAACAACGAGACCCCCAAGGCCGAUGACAAGCCGAAAGAGUCACAGAAACCUUCCAAGGAAGUCAAGAUCACUGAGGGCAAGAAGCUAGAGGCGAAGAAAUCUGAGCCCAAGCCCAAGGAGCCCAGACAAAGAAGCAAACCCUCCAAGCCUACCCCGUCAGAAAGCUCGUCGUCAAAGCCUGCUACCUCAGACUCCAACGAUGAGACUCCGAGCUCAUCCUACCGAGACCGGUUCAACCUCCUCCGCGACACCUCCUCGGCCUCCGAGUCAACGUCCUCCGCUACCAGCGCAGACGAGAACGACGCCGAUCCCCAAGCUAAAUACGAACGCGAACUUGUCGGACAGCAACGCUACAUCCGCCGUCACGUCCACCCAGCACUCUACCCUCCCGCGCCGGCAGCAUCUUAUAAGAGAAAGAGGCCGCUUCCUCCUCCCGCCAAUAGACAAGCGCCCAGCCCGGCAGACAGACAGCAGCGCCGCGAUGACGCGACGCUCGCGGCUGUGGUGUCCAAGAGGGAGGCGACAAAGUGGCUCGAGAUGCAGGCCAACUUUUUCAACGCCACGGGCCGAAUGGUGCCGCUUCACAUGAUCAAGUCGAGGUGCGAGGCCGAAGAGGACCGAGGCAAGGCCGCUGGCGUGCGGAGUUGGGCUUCCUCGGUGGCCGGUAGCGAGGAUCUGUUGGACCCUAACGAGGGUCGGGACGCUCCUGAAGAUGCUCUGGUCGAUGAUGACGAAGAUUGA